GCGGGAGGCCGCGAGGCGGGAGGCGCGAGGGCGGCCCUGCUCUGACAUCCGGACGCCGCUCCCGCCGCGGGGGCCGCGGGGGACCCCACCCGCUUCCUCCGUGUUUGGGCGCCGGGCGCGUCUUAGGCGGGCGCCGCGGGAGUGUUGGCCCUGGGAAGCCCGCGAUGGCGUCCUGAGUGAGGAGAGGUAGAAUAGAGGCCGGAAGCCACUCGCGUCGGAUGCCGUUCAGCCGUGAUUCGAGGGUGACCGUGUGCACACGGGUGCCAGGAUGGGCUCACUCCCGGCGCGGGAGCUGCGUGUGUGCAAAGUCCUACCCAGGUUCAGGCCCUCCGUGGUUAAAGACUGUAUCCAUGCUGUGCUCAAGGAGGAACUGGCAAAUGCUGAAUAUUCUCCAGAAGAAAUGCCUCAGCUUACAAAACAUUUAUCAGAAAACAUUAAAGAUAAAUUAAAAGAAAUGGGAUUUGACCGAUACAAAAUGGUGGUGCAAGUAGUGAUUGGAGAACAAAGAGGUGAAGGAGUAUUAAAGGACUUAACACUCUCUUCUGCUGUGCAGGAAGAGUAUUGGCUGCUUACCUUCAGCAUGGCUUCUCGCUGUUUCUGGGAUGCUGACACUGACAGCUAUACUCAUGAUGUUUUCAUGAAUGACAGUUUAUUCUGCGUUGUAGCAGCAUUUGGCUGUUUCUACUACUGAAUGAAUCUUUGAAAAGCUGGGAAAAGACAUGACCGUGAAGAAAUCUGAACUUUUUAAUAUUGUUAAAUAUCUUGACAAAAUAAAGAUGUUAGUAGUUUGACAACUGAA